AGGAGUCAGGAAUGCGAUGGCAAAACAGACUGCUUGGACGGCAGUGACGAACACUGUGCAAUUGCGUCCGACUGUCCGACACCUCGUACUCACUACUGUGGUGAUGGCGCUUGCAUUAAAGAGGCGUUCUUAUGUGACAACAUCCUAGACUGUCCCCAUGGUGAGGACGAGAUGCCCUGUAAUUGUACAGGGUUUAAAUGCAGUUCAGGUGAAUGCAUAGAUAAUUAUUUCUUGUGCAAUGGAAGACAGGACUGCAACGAUGGAUCGGAUGAAGCAGCCAAUGUAUGUGCUAGCUUCAAUUGUAGCAAAGGCUAUUUCAAAUGUGAUAGUGGCGAGUGCAUUCCAGAUUAUGAGGUUUGUGACUGUAGGCUAGACUGUGCCGACGGAUCUGACGAAACAAGCUGCCUAGCCACCCAAACGUCCUCCAUUAGGAGGUGCGACAAUGGGCAGUGUAUCUCUCACUGGGAUGUUUGCGAUGGCUACAUUGAUUGCUAUGAUGGAUCUGAUGAAUAUAACUGUACAGGUGAUUCCAAUUGCUAUGGAUUUACUUGCGAUUCAGGUCAAUGCAUAAGCAGUUAUAGUAGAUGCAAUAUGCGACUGGACUGUGCAGAUGGUUCUGAUGAAAAUGAGUGUGGAACCAAUAUCUGUCCUUUAUAUGAGUUCCAGUGUGGAACAGGACACUGCAUCUACUACAACUAUGUAUGCGAUGGUCGCGAAGAUUGCCCCGAUGGCAGUGAUGAGGUUGACUGUAACAAUUCUGAAGAAUGUGAGUAUCUCUGUUCAUCCGGUGAGUGUGUUUCAGAGUAUAACCUUUGUGAUGGGAUUUACCACUGUGAAGAUCACAAGGAUGAAAGCAUUUGCCAGGCAGUUACAUGUCCAGCCAAUCGACCUUACAAGUGUGCCUCUGGGGAAUGUAUUUAUUCUUCAGACUAUUAUAAUCCUAGGUGCAAUGGGUACAAAGAUUGCCAUGAUGGCAGCGAUGAGAUGAAUUGCGAAGACGUACCCUGUCCACCACAUAAAUCCUUCCGAUGUGGAUCAGGUGAAUGUACAUACAGUCAUUAUGUUUGCGAUCAUUAUUUUGACUGUAUGGAUGGCAGCGACGAGAGAGGAUGUAACUGUUGGUAUGAUCAAUUCAGCUGUGAUUCAGGUCAGUGUGUUUCGGAUAACCUUCGCUGCAAUGGUCUCUGGGACUGUUUGAGUGGCAGUGAUGAGAACAUGUGUAGUAAUUUUACUUGUCCUUAUGAACGCCCAUUCAAGUGUGGGUCUGAUGUUUGCCUUACGGAUACCAUUUUCUGUAAUGAAGGCGCUGAUUGUCCGGAAGAUGAGCAGGAAAUCUGCCUAAACAGAGGGUGUAACUGGUAUGAAUAUCAAUGUGAUUCAGGUGAAUGUGUUUAUGGAUAUCAAUGUGAUGGCUAUAUAAAUUGUAAAGACAGAAGCGAUGAGACCAACUGUCAGAAUUUCACGUGUCCUCCUGAGCGUCCUUAUAAGUGUGACUCAGGUGAGUGCAUUUGGGAAUUUGAAGUCUGCAAUGGGUAUCCAUACUGUAAAGACGCGAGUGAUGAAACCCGCUGCAGUAAUGAAACUUGUCCCCAAGACCGAAGUUUCUAUUGCUUAUCUGGGGAAUGUAUUUACGAGCAUCAUGCCUGUGACGGAUUUGAAGAUUGCAGAGAUGGGAGUGAUGAGAGUGCACAUUGUGAGACACACUGUCCUAUUAGCUUCAACAUCUGCAAUAAUAGUAAAUGUUUCCCAUCAAAUUGGAUUUGUGAUGGAUUCCAAGAUUGUUACAAUGGCGAAGAUGAGAACGACUGCGAAGGCUCUGUGAUGCAAUGUAAUCCAAAUGAAUUUAAAUGUACAUAUGACAACUCGUGUAUACCCUCAUGGUAUGUCUGUGAUAACUACUUUGACUGCACAGAUGGGGAAGAUGAGCAAGACUGUUUCUCCAGCACCACACAGAUAUCGACCAAAUAGGGAGUUAAUCAAGUGAUCCAGAUGAAAGACUCCGAAGAAAAAACAAACAAACUCAGAUAAGAACAUAGAUAUUAAAGAGAAGGGUCAUUAUGUGUUUCGGAUCAAACAUUUGCUAAAAUUCUCCAAAAUUACACAAUAUUCUGAACCACUUUUUCUAGAAUAUGACGUUUUUAAAUAGUUAAAACUAGUUGCUGAAACAGAAUACCAAAAUAACAAAAUGAUAAUAAUAAAAACAAAAAUAUUGCGUAAAAUAUAACCUCUGUGUCCAAUGGAUUUAAAGUUAUUUUGGUUAUUUAGCUUAUUGAUAUGAUCAACUGGCUAGUAUAUGAAAUAAAUCAAUUGAAAAGGAAUUUAUAGGUAAUGCUAAAAUAUACCUUUGAU